AUGCCUUACAAACAAAACGGAUUUGAUAUAUGGAUUAGACCAGAUUCUGAGGGGCUCUCCUCCGUGAAAACGUUAUCAAAGGGUGAGUCUCAGACCCCAGGGCCUAACAGCAGAAGGUCCUCUCCAGAUGGGUAUUCGGACAGCGAUUCUCAGCGUAAUCCCGCCCCAGCAGCCGCCUCUACCUCUAUCGGUGAUGAUAAUGAAACGCAAAACGAAUUACAGGAAUCCGAUCGGCAGGUUACCAUGGAAAGCUAUGACUUGUGGAGUAGGGAAAUCCAAUGCGAAGAAGAAGAUGUAUUAGUAAAUGGCACGGAUGGUCAGGCUGAGACAAAGGCUUCUCAGAAUGAUGAUGACAUUGACAUAGUUUUAUCUGCAUUGUCAUCAAAUUCUCAAUUAGAUAAACAACAUCAACAUGAAACAGAUGCCUUCAAAGGUGAGGCGAGAGAGAUUGAAUCCAAAAAAGAUACCCGGUCAUCGCCGUCAAAUUCACAGUUAGAUGUGCAACAUCAAAACGAAACAAAUGGCACCAAAGGCGAAAAGUUAGAUGGAAGAAAUUCCGAAUGUAAGACAAACAGUCAGUUAUCAGAUGAUCUUGGAGAGGACCAGAAGGCUAUUGAUAUUGAUGGUUUUCAAAGAAAGGAUUCAAAGACUUCUUCUGCAUCCGAUUUAUCGAAGACAAAUUAUCCUGAAUCUCUGGAAAGCACAGCGUACGCGGAAACUUCUCUGGCAGAACCCGGCAAGCCACCUGAGUCGACAUCGUACGCUGACAGAAUCUCGCCAUCCAAACGAAAUUCUAGUAGUGAUGAUAAACACUCUUUGCAAAAAGAGGACAGUAAUACCCAAAUGACGGGGAAUUCAACACUUCAAGAGAAAACGAAUACUUCCACACACGAUAAGUUGCAAAAUACAGAACGAGAAAAAGAUGACAGCAUUGAUGCAAAUAGUGGAGACGAGGGUCAUGCUAAAAGCGAAGUAGUUGAAAGCAGCGCUAAGGCUGAUGACGUCCUAGAGGUAACUUACGAUACUGGCAUAGAAGACGAACGUGAUGACAAAGAAACACUGAACGAUGAGGUUUUCGAGUCAGACAGUGACGAUAACAGCAGCCGUAGUUCAUUUAGCAGCUCUUCUGACAGUCGAUCCUCUUCGUCACGCUCCGGUAGUUUGUCUUCAUCCAGCAGUGGGACAAGUGAUCUCGGGUCCAGAAGAAGCUCAUUGUCGUGUAAAACCGCUGAAAGGAAAACUGGAUUAGGAGACAACGGAUCUAGGGAUGACCCUGGACAGGCUGCUGUGGGCGAAGGGAUCUGUCUUUCCUCGCGAAGUUCUUCCAGAGUCUCGGUCCUCCUGGAUCAAUCGUCUGAUAUCGGUACUAACCGAUGCGACAAUGAAAACAAUGAAGACGAUGUUGACGAUAAACUUGUUGGACAGAGAAAUGAAGUGCCAUGUAUAGUUCAAAAUGUUCCUGACCAAGAUGACAACAAUGCGAAAAGUUCCGAUACCGAACUGACUGAAACCAUUAUCACAAAAAAAGACAUCACUCAGAGUAAAAACUCAAAUGAUGAAGCUGGUAACUGUGAAAACGAUGUUAUUGCAGAUGACUUUGAGGAUGACAGUUCUGUCACCGAACAUGCGCAUAAUAUUCUUAAUGAAGAGAGUCGUGACCAAUCAUCUCCAGAUAGAAAAUCUGUUCAUUUUUCCGAAGAUUAUCAACAAGAAAACAAUAAUGUUUACGUUAAAUCUGAAAUAGUUUCCUCUCAAGCCGUAAAUGAAGGGAAAGCUUCAGAAAGUAAUCAUAGCCCUGAACUGAUACAUGGCCCGGCGGAUAAAGAACAAGAUGAUCAUCUUGAUCGUGAGUCAUCACUGUCAGUUUUACAAAAUGGAAGCGAUAAAAGCGAGGAAGUGAUGACUGAUGAAGAUGAUAGUGAUCACUUUACAGAGACAGACAACAAAUGUACAGAAUUCUGCGGGCAGGAUAAUCCGAGUAUCCAAUCUGAUAACGAUUCACGUCAAACUAACAACACUGAACCACAAGGUGACAGCAGAUCAAGAGAGUCCUCAAAGGCUUCUUUGAAAGAUGAAGAGCAGUCUAGAGGUAGUCAUGGAGGAGAUCCGAGUCUCGUUGAAAUUUCAGAUGUAGAAGACGUUGAAGAAGAGACUAAGUACGACGAUGAGGAUGAGUACGAAAAAGAAAUGGAAAAUGAAGUUUUUGAAAGCGAGGUCGGCAGUUCAAGAGACCGUCAGCGUUCAGCACCGGUGGAAGAAUCAACGCGCAGCAAGAGCAGACAACUCACGGCUAGGAUUAACACUCGCGAAAACACAUAUCAAUCUGAGAAAAGUAGUCCACAUGACACAAGGGCGUAUGUGUUACGUUGCAAAGCUGCUAGUGCUCGGAGAGCGAAACAGGAGCGACUGGACGCCAUGAUGCGGGAAUCUCCUCGUUUCAUUAGGAGAUGGACAGCUUCACCGCGGAGGUCCUCCACCGCCAGACCCCAAACAACCGCAGCGUCGUCAGAUGGGCGUUCCAAACAGAAGGAGUUUUUUAGGGUGGAGUUGAAACGUCUUGAAAAGAGUUUGACGCGAGAGUCAUCAAAAAUCCACAAACCUCCAGUGAGGAGUCACUACCCGUACGUGUUCAACAGCCUGGAGCCUUACUACAAUACACACACAGCCAAAUACUUGAUAUAUCUGCCAGAUGAGGUUCGCCAUAAUUACGUCAGCCGAAGCACUGCUGGGGGUCUCACCGACCCUUGGGAAGAUCUGCGCAUGGACAGAACUGUACUUCCGCGUAUCGAGUCACGUCCGGUUACUCGAUCCGAUUCAAAGAGAGGAAAACGAAGUUCUUCAGGCGAUAAUAGGCCUCCAAAAGAAGGAAGCACACGCUUACCCAAAUUCCCUGUGGUCGCUUUAGAGACAGCUGACAUAGCUAACAAGCAGUUAUACUUCAGCGAUGUUCCUAUGUUAAGGGAGGAGCUAAAACAGAAAUACAGCGCUAAUGCUAAACAGAAGAUCGACGCGGACUACGAGAGAACGACACAAGAUUACUACAGGAUGGAACUGGACAAAAUGGACGAGAUACAUCCGGUGAACCGACCGCACAUGCGCAAAGCCUACUUCGCUUAUCUGCAAAACACCCCUGGAUCAAAGAAAGCAAUAUACUCGUGUGUGAAGAAAUCGGAAAAAGCGGCUCAGUGAUCACUGAUGGAUCUUGUAUAUAAUUUAUGAAUCUUGUUGUUUACAAAUUGACCUCAUGUUUUUACAACUGUCAGUGAUAUCCAGAAUGUCCAAAAUUACUGAGCUCGAUCUUAUCCGAUAUCCGAUGGUCCGCAAGAGAUGCAGUUGGCAGCUUUAAACCGCUUUAGGAGUUUAUUGUUUAGUUUACAAGUGACAGGUUUAAAGAAAAUGUUGGGGCUUGCCAUGUGAAAAAAAACAGAUCAGUGUGACGGGAAACCGACGGGAAGACUAUAGCAUAAACUAGUAGUGUAGCCUCAUAUGUUGGUUUUCAUGAUAUCCUUCAGGCUGCACAGACCCAGCGUGUGGUGUUAUCCCUUAAUCCAAAUACAUGUAUAUUACUGCGUGGAUUCAAUGGUACUCAUUCCUAUUGGAAGUGUUUUAACUCAGACUCUAGCUUAAUGUGAGUUUGCUCCCUUGUGUAUAAUAGUCGUAUUCAAGGCAGACUGACGGUAAUUCGUAAGGUAAAUUGAGCAGGCAAGAAUCAUUGCAUAAUUAGGCUAUAAUUUGCUGCGCAAUGGAAGAUGGGAUUAUUCCGACAUGUUUCAGUGUGGCCAGUUUAUUUUGUACAGGGGUGCACAACAUAUCAAUCUUCAGCAAUUAAGCCUUAUCCAUAUGCAUUGUCUCUUCUAUCUUAUUACAUUUGUGUGAUCUAAUUUAGAGAUACGCGUAUAUUAGAUAUUCGAAAUUUCUUGGACAGAGAGACUUAAAAUGGCUUAUUAAAUGAUGUGGCUCACUGGUCUUCUACAAAGGAAAGCAAAUCUUGUAAAUCUCUAUCAACAGAUUAUUCAUUAUCACUCGUUUCAGUCUAAGCAUAAUCUGUCAAAUUUGACAAAGACUGCUGUCUGAGUGACAAUUGAAUAUAUUCUGUUAUAAUAUCAGGUUAGUUUAAUAUGCGUGAUCUUUCUAUUUGAUUUAGUGGAAGUGCGAAUUUAAAACUGAUAGGAAAUAUAUUUAACAGAAUAAUCUGCUGCAUUACUCAGUUAACAGACUUUCUGUUAAAUUUAGCAGGUUAUUUUGAUACAGUAGACAAAGGGCACUGCUGUUCUAACACUUACAAGAUUUGCUUCCCUUGGCUGAUGGUUGGUAAGCCUCUAAAAUAUGAUUUACCUGUCCAAGCGACAGGGAGUGAAAAACGUAAGGGUGAAGUGGUUGAA